GCAAGUCAUCGCUCGAUCUCGUCGAUUUGCUUACCCGGCCGACAUGGCGGGACUGAAGCCCAGCGUGAACCUCUUCGCGCUCCUCGACCGCAACGAUCCCGGCGACAAGCUCGUCCCCGACUUCGACGACGCCGAUGCCAAACAGGAGGUGACUGCGGCCAAGCACAAGAAGAAGCCGACGCCGGCCGCCGAUCAUACCAAGGAUCUACUCGGCCAGGCCUACCCUUCUGCACGGGAUUACAUGAUCAGGAAGAACCAGCGGGAGAGACAGGCCAAGGCCAAGGCAAAGGCGGAAGCGGAGGCAAGGGCGAAGGCGAAGGCGAAGGCGAAGGCGAACAAUGGAGUUUCCGGUGAUGAUAAGAGCGCAGGGGCUUCGGCGGAUAGCAGCAAGGUACAGGACGCAGCAAAGCAAGGUAGAUAUUACAAUAACAACUACUACAACGGAGCAUCGAGGAAUCAGCAAUUCGGCAUGUCGGUCAGAUUCGGGGCGCCAAGGAGGCAGCAAGCCAGCAUGUCCAUGAACGAGGCGGCCCCUGCAGAAGGCGUGGAGGCGCCGCCGGCUCCCCAGCAGGCUCCUCCGCCGCCGCCGCCGAGCCUCGAUGACACCAACGAGUUCCCUUCGCUGAAGUAGUGCUAGACGAUAGCUUUCCCUUAACACAUAUUUUGUAGGCUUUCGAUUUGUGCCGGCUUGCUUUUUACGGCAUGUUCGUGUAAUUGCCGUACAAUAUUUUGUUUUUAUGACAAAUGUCUUGGGACUA